AUGCCCCGACAACAAUCUACAGGUGGCAAUGGCAUUACAACGGCCGACUGGCCCCAAGAGGCCCUCAGCGACACAACCUCGGGCGACGGUCGUCGCACGUCCAUCCUGGAACAUGGGAUGAACACGGGUGUACGAGUAAUGGCUGACGGACGACUCGACAUCCGGUUUCGCGGCCAAAAAACCAGCCUCACAAACCUCCUCCAACACCUGGAAAAGCCAAUCAGACCGACCCCGGAAGAGGUGCGAAGGGCAUCCCUUCCACAGCCCUCCAUCAAGAAACCCGAGACCUUCCCCCUCCACCUCAACAUCGUCAUCCAAGUCGUCGGAUCGCGCGGCGACGUACAGCCCUUCGUCGCACUCGGCAUGGCCCUCAAAGAACGCGGCCAUCGCGUCCGACUCGCGACCCACCUCGCCUUCCGCGACUUCGUCCAGGACCAUGACCUCGAAUUCUUCAACAUUGGCGGCGAUCCCGCCGAGCUCAUGGCGUUCAUGGUGAAGAACCCCGGUCUGAUCCCAAAGAUGAAAACGUUGCGCAGCGGGGCGAUCCGGCGCCGGCGGAGGGAGAUGGCAGCGAUAUUCUCCGGGUGUUGGCGGUCCUGUUUCGAGACCGGCGAUGGGACGGGACUGCACCACGUCCCCGAUGAUCCGUGGAGCGAGGCGGUGGACUACCGCCAGCAGCCGUUCGUGGCCGACGCCAUCAUCGCCAACCCGCCGAGUUUUGCGCAUCUCAGCUGCGCGGAGAAAUUGGGCGUGCCGUUGAUACUCAUGUUCACGAUGCCCUGGUCGGCAACCCAGGCCUUUCCGCAUCCGCUGGCCAACGUGCGUCCCACGAAUACUAAACCGUCUGUCGCGAAUUUCGCCUCGUAUGCGGUUGUCGAGAUGAUGCUCUAUGAGGGAUUGGGGGACCUGUUAAACAAAUUCCGCAAGCGAGAGUUGGGGCUUGACCCGUUGGACGCCAUUCGCGCGCCAGGUAUCGCGCAUAAACUCCGCAUUCCCUUCACCUAUCUCUGGUCACCGGCUCUGCUCCCCAAACCAGCCGACUGGCUAACCAAUAUCGACGUCUGUGGCUUCAGCAUGCUGUCUGCUCCUAGCAGCUUCACGCCGCCCGACGACCUGAUCAGGUUCCUGGAAGACGGUCCCCCGCCCAUCUAUGUCGGCUUCGGCUCCAUCGUCGUCGAUAGCCCUACCAAACUAACCAAGAUUGUCUUUGAAGCGAUCGUCAAAACCGGCCAGCGCGCACUAGUUAAUAAAGGCUGGGGCAACAUCGGUGCGGGGGAAGCCGAAAUCCCAGAGAACGUGUUCAUGGUCGGCAGCUAUCCGCACGACUGGCUAUUCAAGCACGUCUCAUGCGUGGUCCAUCACGGUGGAGCAGGAACAACAGCAGCAGGGCUCGCGCUUGGCCGACCAACGAUAAUCAUCCCUUUCUUCGGCGACCAGCCCUUCUGGGGGUCGAUUGUAUAUAGGGCCGGUGCGGGACCGGCGCCGAUUCCAUAUAAAAGGCUCAACGCGGAGAAACUCGCGGACGCGAUCAACAAGGCGCUCGGGCCUGAGAUGCAGGAGAAAGCGGGCGAGAUCGGGGAGAAGAUGAGACAGGAGAAUGGAGUCAGGUGCGCCGUAGCCAGUUUCCAUCGGCACCUGGAUCUGGAGGCGCUGCGAUGCUCGAUCUGUCCGCAGCGCCCGGCCGUAUGGUGGGUGCGCCACUCGCAUAUCAAGCUGAGCGCCUUUGCGGCGUCUGUGCUCGUCGAGGCCGGGUUGAUCAAGCCGCAAAAUGUCGUCCUGUACCGGUCGAAAGAAUACGAUACAAACCGCGACCCGCGAGGUCCCAUCUCCGCGGGCGCAGAGGUGCUCUAUGGCAUCGUGUCGGACUUUGUAACGGGUCUCGCGACUGCACCGGCUGAGGUUGUCGAGGCGAUCUCGCGCCAUCACCAUCACCACAAGAAGCAUGGGUGGCGUCACCGUCACGACGACGACUGGGAGGUCAACUGCGACUGUGCGGCACGUAAAGGGAGGACGCCGAAGUCCAUGGACGGCAUUCCCCCGGAGGACCGGGUGCGAUCGCAGCUGGGCUCGGUGGCAAGUAUGCGGCGAUCGGAGGCUGAUUUCCAGUUAUCGAGUCCUUCCGGUGACAUGGAUGAGCCCACGGACGCCGACGAGGAGGAGGAGGAGGAGGAGGAGGAGGAGGAAGUUGAUGAUGAUAGUGCGAGUUUUAUCUCUGCUCCGGAUGGCAUGUCGAGGGAUAGCGUCCCGGAGCGAAGAAAUCGAAUAUCGGACCAGUCCACGGUUCAAUCGGAUACCUCAGACACGCAUGUAGAGAGCGAAGGGGACAGUGGCGAACAGGACCUUGAAAGAACGAUCAGCCGACGGGCAACAAGGGAGGCGCAGGGAGGCGUUCAUGUGGUGCUAGCAGAGACAGGCUAUCACAGCAAACGGUUUGGAAAGCGACUGUUGAACUGGGUUAUCACGAUACCUACCGAUGUGACCCUGACUCUGUCCAAGGGUUUCCACAAUGCGCCAAAGCUGUACCACGACAGUACGGUGGCCGAAAUCCCGACAGUCAUGGGGCUGCGGGGUGGGUUUCGAGCCGCUGGAAAGGAAUUCACCCAAGAAUUCUACCAAGGCUUCACCGGACUCGUCACACAGCCCGCAGACGGCCUGGAGAGAUCCGGCUCAAUCGGCCUCCUGAAAGGCAUUGGCAAAGGUCUUGGGGGAGUCAUCCUCAAGCCCGCAGCAGGUGUGACCAUCCUUUCUCCCUCGGACUACUUCGUACUGACGAUGUUAGGACUCUGGGGCUUAGCAGGUUAUCCCCUCGACGGCCUCCACAAGAGCCUACGCAACUCUCUAGCAAGAAGCAAAAUCAAGGAGAUUCUGACCUCGCGAAUACAGCAAGGGAUCGAUGAGAUGUGUGCGUCUUCACCCGAUGAACGCGCCAUAGUGAUGCGGCGAUGGAGGGAGUUGCAGAAGACGCAUGGGCCGAGAGCGAACGGAAGCGAGAACGGGAAUGGUCAUGCAGAAUGA